UGUUUAUCUUUGGCAGGUGCGCGUUUUAUAAACCAGGAAAACCGAAGAGGAAAAAAAACAUUUUAUUGACUAUACAGCCACCGGCAACGGGAUGGCGAAUCAGUUGUAUUCCCUGAUAUUCAAACAGGAACAAGCACAUGAAGACAGUAUUUGGAGUUGUGCUUGGAAGAAAAAUGAAACAGAUGGAACAGAGAAUAUUAUAACUGGAGGAAUUGAUGAUCUGGUCAAAAUAUGGAGAUGGACAGAUGGAAGAUUAGAUCUAAGACAUGCCUUAGAAGGACAUCAGCUUGGUGUUGUUUCUGUAGAUAUUAACAAAAAUGGAACAUUGGCAGCUUCCAGUAGUUUAGACAGCCAUGUACGAGUAUGGGACAUCAUCACUGGCAAAUGUAUCAAAAGUAUUGAUGCUGGUCCAGUGGAUGCCUGGACGCUAGCAUUUUCACCAGACUCCAGAUUUUUAGCUACAGGUAGUCACAGUGGUAAAAUUAACAUAUUUGGUGUGGACUCAGGGAGGAAAGAAAUGACCAUGGACACCAGAGGGAAAUUUACACUUAGUAUUGCUUAUAGCCCCAAUGGACAGUAUAUAGCAUGUGGUUCUAUAGAUGGAAUUGUAAAUGUUUUUGAUGUAAAUAAAGGUGUACCUAUCAACACAUUGGAAGGUCAUGCCAAGCCAAUCAGAUCUCUUUGCUUUUCACCAGACUCACAGCUUCUUCUGACAGGGUCAGAUGAUAAUACCAUUAAAGUCUAUGAAAUACAACAUGCCAUCAUGGCUGGUGCCCUGUCAGGACAUGGUUCAUGGGUACUCAGUGUAGACUUCUGUAAAGACGACACACAUUUUGUUUCAAGUUCAUCAGAUAAAACCGUAAAGAUCUGGGAUGCUGGAUCAAGACAGUGUGUACAUACAUUCUAUGACCAUGCUGAUCAGGUAUGGUCAGCUAAAUACAGUGACGAUGGAUCUAAGAUUGUGUCAGUGUCAGACGAUAAGUCAAUACAGGUUUAUGAAGGACCACCUGUGUAAUGUUGACACCUUUAUCAUUAUUCAUCAUAUUAUGUCUGACAGCUUACAUUUGACAAUUAGAUUGGUCAGAAACAAUGACAGAGGCUUCUGAAAUUUUAAAAAAGGGUCACAAUUUCUCUUAUUGAAAUAUACUCUAAUGAUUCAUCUGCUGUUUUUUUUUAAUAUAAGAACAGGUUGAUAUAUUUGAAAACAGAAUAUUUUGAAUGGAAUUUAUUCCUGAUAAUAAAUUUUAUUUAAAUGGAGGGAAACUACUAUUCAUGGUACUUGUUCUAACACAUGGAUAACAUGUGGAUUUCAUUAAGCAGACUUGUUUCAACUGCAAGUUCAAAUUAAAUUGAGAGGAGAAAACAGUGCUGUUAAAAUCGUUGUAAAUAAAGAUCAUAUUUUAAAUAAAAGUGUCUUAAAAUAGA